AGAGUAGAAGUGGACCCCACAGCCUUUAGCAGAACAUGUGUUUCAACACAAAGCACCUUACUAGAGCACCAGGGAUGGACACAGCGUGCUCAACCACCAAGAAACUCAAGGUUCUCAUCUUGUUGCUACUCGUCUCUCAUCUGGCCUGUGACGCUCAGGGGGUUGCCAACUGUUGCAGACAGAAAUCCCACUCCUGCCGUCUUUACGUCCUGCUCUGUCGCUCAGGUGAUGGGACGGGGACAAGGGGACCCCUCACUGAUGACGCAGCCGCUGGAAUCCUCACACUUGGUAAACGGAAAGAAACUGAUGAACGUCGCUUCCAGAGCCGGUUGAAUCAGCUACUCCACGGGUCACGGAACCAAGCGGCGGGAAUCUUGACGAUGGGGAAGAGGACCGAAGACACAGCAGAACCGCUCAUGUGCUUGUUUCCCAUUUUAGAGACGGCCCCCACUACCACGGCCCAGUUGGUUUUACAACUACCAUUCAAGUGAUUCAUCUGGAAAACAUCAAUGUUGACGCAUCAUUUUUGAGGGACUGCGUCAAACUUGGACUAAUGAAAAAUAUAUGAAAACAUGGGUUUUGGGUUUUAGAUUUUAUUUGUUUGUGGAGUAGGUGUUAGUAAUUCUGGUAGUAAUGUUGUAAAUAUUGUAAAUGAUCUCAUUGGUGUAAUAAAAUGUGAUAAUGGUCA